AUGGCGAGCGCCGUCGACCGCAUUAGCAUGCUUGACCAGCCAAUCUACACUUUGACGAAAUGCUUCUGCCUGUGGAAGGCUGUCUUAUUGCUUAUUGUCCUCGCUAGCCCGGGGCCGGGAUACGACACGUCAACGGCUCUGCUUCUCUCGUCCGACGGAGAAGGUCCCGGUAAUCCGGAAGCCGGCAGCAUGGCAUGGCUAAUAUCGCACAUUGGUCUCCGGCUAGCGAGAUGGGACUCUAUAUACUUCUUGAAGAUCGCACAGAGGGGGUACUUGUUCGAGCAAGAAUGGGCGUUUGGAUAUGGGUAUACAAAGUUACUGUCAUUCCUACUUCCUGAAUCGUUAAGGAGUCUGCAGUACCUUGCUGUGACUGGAGUUCUUCUUUCGAAUCUCUGCCAUUAUCUAUCAGUCUUAGUGCUUUACAAGCUCUCCCAAGCUACAUUUAACAGUAGCAGGGAGAAUUACAAUGUAAUCCCAUUUUUGGCAGCCACACUGCAUGUCGUGACUCCUGCUGGUGCGUUUAUAUCUGCACCCAACGGAGAAGCAGCAUUUUCGUUUCUCAAUUUCUUGGGUUACUAUGCCUUUAUUACGGCACUCAAGGAUGAGCGUCAAGGCAGUUGUUUUCUGAGGGACCUGAAGUUCCUCGCUGCUGGCGCAUGUUUUGCCGCUGCCACCACGGCUCGAAGCAAUGGUUUGCUCAGUGGCCUGUUAUUUGUCUACGAUGCAGUGUCUGGACUGCAUCAGAUAAUUACACAUGGCCCGUCGUGGCAUAUUAUACGGCGUCUGGCUAUGGUAUGUGCUGGUGGCAGCCUGAUUUUGAUAGGUAUUGUUGGGCCGCAAUAUGUUGCAUAUAAGGACUUCUGCCUGGCUGAGAACCCGCGUCCAUGGUGCAAUCGUCUAUUUCCAAGUAUCUAUGCAUGGGUUCAAUCCUAUUACUGGAACGUGGGCCUUUUCAGGUACUGGACGUUCUCGAAUAUUCCGCUUCUCUGUAUAGCAGCUCCUAUGAUAAUUAUACUUGUUUAUUCAGGUUUACGAGUAUGGGCAAACCUCCUGCCGAUGCUCCCUAGUAAGGAAGACGAUACGGCCGGCUGCAGUGUGAGAUACCAGGCCAGGCUUGCUCUUCCUCAAGUGGUGCUCGCUACUUUAGCAGUGACUCACUAUCACAUCCAGAUUGUGAACCGGAUAUCAUCAGGCUACCCGUUGUGGUACUGGUUCCUGGCAUCGAACCUGGUGACAGAGAAUAGAAGUAAAACCUCUUUGACGCCACCUUCCUUGAUCAGCUCUCACGUAAUCAUGCGUGUGAUCGUGAUGUAUGCGCUUAUCCAGGGCUGUCUUUUUGCCUCCUUUCUUCCUCCAGCUUGA